CAGUGUUAGAGGGCGCUAGUAAUCCAGUAUGUACUUCAAAUGUCGAAAACAAGUUCGAAAAACGGCAGCUUUUGCUACAUACUUCACUCUGAUGGGGUGCAAAACAAAUGAAAACAUUCGAAUGCCGACAACAAACAUUUGACGGAUGGCUGACAGAUGGGAGUAAAUUCUAAGUUAACGAGGUUAGCUGUCUUGUGCCUUGCCUUUGCUGGUUUGAUAUUGCUGCUCAAUUUUACAACAAAUUCAUCGAAAAAGCUGUCCGAUGAUCAUUUUAAACCCAACAAAAUUGGCUCACGAAGUGUCGAGCCCAGUCCUACUGCCAACUCGCUAUCGGAGCAGGAAGUAGUGAUAUGCGUUGUAGCCUGCGGAGAUCGCUUGAGUGAAUCUCUGACCAUGAUGAAAUCGGCCUUAGUUUUUACCAAAAAACCCCUCAAAUUUAUCGUCAUAUCCGACACUGAUUUGAUACCUGCUUUCAAUGAAAAAUUAACGGUAUGGAAGUUAAUGUCAAACAAGACAUUUGACUUUGUAGUCAAGAAAAUAAAAUUCCCAGAACGAAGCGACGUCAGAAUGUGGAGGAAACUUUUCAAGCCUUGCGCAGCCCAGAGAUUAUUUUUACCUACUAUGCUGAUUGACAUUGAUGCAGUUUUGUAUGUGGACACGGACACUUUAUUUCUUGCACCUCCAGAAGUUAUCUGGGAUGAAUUCAAGAAGAUGAAUUCCAGCCAGUUGGCUGGCUUAAGUCCUGAGCACGAAGAUCCCAACACUGGCUGGUACAACAGAUUUGCUAAACAUCCUUACUAUGGAAAAUUGGGAGUAAACUCUGGUGUGAUGCUAAUGAAUCUGACUAGAAUGAGAGAAUUUCGGUGGACAGACUACGUGAUUCCGAUCCACAAAGAAUACCGUUUGAAAAUAACUUGGGGAGACCAGGAUAUCAUAAACAUAAUAUUUUACUACCAUCCAGAACGUCUUUACAUUUAUCCAUGCCGCUAUAAUUACAGGCCCGACCAUUGCAUGUACAUGUCCGUUUGUACGGAGGCGGAAAAAGAUGGUGCCUUAGUUUUACAUGGUUCCAGAGGAACGUUUCAUUCGCAAAAACAGCCGCCGUUCAAAGCCGUUUUCCGUGCUAUGGAAGAGUAUCAAUUGAACACUGAUCCGUUUGAUAAUUUUUUAAUACCAAUGAAAAAUUAUCUUAAUACCGACGAUAAAUCAAAUUGUGGAAGAGUAUGGAAGGUCUUUGUUCUUCAGCCAGAAUUUCAUCUCGAUUCUAGAUCAAGGACGCCGAAUUGAUUUCGGUUUAUCAAACCUUCUAUCUCUUUUCAAAUGUCACAAUGCAAAAGAAACGAUUGUUGCCCAAAAGCGAAACGCGAGUGAAACUCGUAUUAGGUACUGUAAUUUCAGAACUGUUUAACACUCCAUGUUUAUGUCUUCGUUUUAUUUGCGAAGACUUUAUCUCGAAAUCGAUUUUGAACUUGUAGAACUUUCAUUGUCCCGUUUCCGAAAGAAAAUCGACCCCUUUGAUAAUGUGAUUUUACCAGAAUCUCGUAAUGUACACUUGCCAAUAGUUAUCACAAUAUUAUUGGAAAUUUAGUUAGUUAAAAAAGUAUUUAUAUGCAUCGAUUAGAUUGUUUCAAAACAAUUGCUUCGAUCGUUGGUAACGUUUUUUAGGGUACGGGGACCCAGUAUUUAACGAAACGCAAAGUUCAAAUUUUUACAGCCAAUUUUUUAUACAUCGUAUAUCGUACUAUAAUUGUAUAAAUAUACAUAAUUAUACUUGUUAUGUAUACAUGAAUACAAGUAAGAUAGCGUAAGAGAUAAUUUAAUUAGCAAAUCUUCACAAUAAACUAUUAUCGUAAUAAUUAGCAUUACGCAAGAGCGUUUAAAAUUAUGAAAUUGCAAUCAAUGCACGAUUAUGCUUUCCCUUUAUAUACAUUAUACUCCUCCAGCCAACUGUUUACUGCACGUUCACCUCUGCGAAAGUAUGCACAUUAUACAUACGUAGGCACAUCUACUUGAGUUACGAAAUAUCAACAUUUUUACGUAAAUUUUCAUAUUCAAAGUCAUAGCGGUGCUUUUAAAAGGUUUCUUUUUUGUUCUGAAACCCGUAGUAAAACGGGCGUUUAAAAAUUGACAGAAUUUGUAAGCCCGAGUGCAAAAAUGAGGGUAACAGACCGUUAAAAUGUGCUAAUUGGGAACGGUGGAAUUCGCCUCGGAGAGGGGGCAGAAUCAGUUUUAGUGGUGGGGCGAAUACAGUCAGGUGUUACGCUCCUGAGGGCCACGAUGGCAAGUGAUAUUCUGUUUCACAAGGUGCGCUGUUUUACGCGCCAGAAGCUCAACAAGUGUUAUUUUAAUUCAAUUUCUACAAUGUAAUCGAAGAGAUUAAAGUUCGGAAUAAGCUUGUAUAAUCAUCAGGUGCGCGAGGACGAAUCGACUUGUACGUACGCAUAAUACCGCGGAUACUGUUAUAAACAACAAUCGAAUGCCCCUACUUAGGCAUAUUAUACAUGUAUAUGCAUGUGUAUGGAAUGUAAUGAGUCGUGCUGUCAUAUGGGAACACAAAUGCGACAUAUGCAUUUUCAUGCAUCCGUAGGUAUUUUCGAUCGCUAAAUAUACUUGUUGAAAAAGAGGAGAGAAAAAAGAGCAACAAACAAACAACAAAAAGAAGGGAACAAAACAUGAAUAAGUAGAAAAUUGUCAAGUGUUUGUAAUUCUGAUAAAAUACAUCAGUCACAAUCAAGAUUCUACAAUGAUAAUAUUAAAUUUAGAUAAGCCUCGGACAUAUUUCUCCUAAUCUGAGAACGAUAAAGAGAACUGGCGAGAUAAAAAGGCCUAGUCCCGUUUUACGAUACUCAAGCGAAAGGCACGAUAUCCCCGGAGUGCGCUAUAUGAUAUUAAAUUUUUCAAAUUCCCACCGAAUAGAAAAUUGUGAAAAACAAACGAAAAUAAGGGAUAAAAAAUAAACAUAAUUUUAAGAGAUAUUUAAAUCUGACCGAGUUAGCAGCGGCAAUUGCGUAAUUAAACUCCAGGUGCCGGAUAAAGUUGCGUUAGCACAGUCACUGUCUUGUGAUUGUGUGUAUGCUUGUAUAUACCCGAUAAAAUAACGCACAGUAACGUAUCAUCGAUCUGAACCUUGUGGAUUACGCCGCGGAAUACGAGUUGCAUUAAAGAAAGAAAAAAAUUUUAACGUAAAAAUAAAUAUCGUAUAAUUACUACAAGACAAGAAUAAUAAUACGUUCAAUCAGAUAAAAAAAAAAAAAAAUUGUGACCGUCGGUGAGAUAAUUCUCUUGAGAAAUGCCACUGUUUAAACCGAAAAAUUCUACGAG